GCCACAGCUUUGCUGCCUUUGUUGAGUGUAGUAUACUUCGUGAACCCAUCAUCAUCAUCAUCAUCAUCAUCAUCAUCAUCAUCAUCAUCAUCAUCAUCAUCAUCAUCAUCAUCAUCAUCAUCAUCAUCAUCAUCAUCAUCAUCAUCAUCAUCAUCAUCAUCAUCAUCAUCAUCAUCAUCAUCAUCAUCAUCAUCAUCAUCAUCAUCAUCAUCAUCAUCAUCAUCAUCAUCAUCAUCAUCAUCAUCAUCAUCAUCAUCAUCAUCAUCAUCAUCAUCAUCAUCAUCAUCAUCAUCAUCAUCAUCAUCAUCAUCAUCAUCAUCAUCAUCAUCAUCAUCAUCAUCAUCAUCAUCAUCAUCAUCAUCAUCAUCAUCAUCAUCAUCAUCAUCAUCAUCAUCAUCAUCAUCAUCAUCAUCAUCAUCAUCAUCAUCAUCAUCAUCAUCAUCAUCAUCAUCAUCAUCAUCAUCAUCAUCAUCAUCAUCAUCAUCAUCAUCAUCAUCAUCAUCAUCAUCAUCAUCAUCAUCAUCAUCAUCAUCAUCAUCAUCAUCAUCAUCAUCAUCAUCAUCAUCAUCAUCAUCAUCAUCAUCAUCAUCAUCAUCAUCAUCAUCAUCAUCAUCAUCAUCAUCAUCAUCAUCAUCAUCAUCAUCAUCAUCAUCAUCAUCAUCAUCAUCAUCAUCAUCAUCAUCAUCAUCAUCAUCAUCAUCAUCAUCAUCAUCAUCAUCAUCAUCAUCAUCAUCAUCAUCAUCAUCAUCA